AGUGAACGCAAGAUCGACCAGAUCGAGACUCGUCUCGGCAGCAUCGAAACUAUCCUCCGGGAUCUAGCACAGCGUCCCGUUUCCACCCCCGCAAGCAACAUCCAAUUCCCUGUAACUCCUCAGCAGUCCUCUGUACAGCCUGGUACAACUACCGCCUCCACCGUGGGCUUCGAGAGCUCUGAUGACGAGUCCGCAUUUGGUGGUGAUUCUGUCAUUGCCCAACAGACCAACUUUGCCAGCGAGUUCCUUGAGCACGCCGUUGAGCGGACUUCGCUACAAGAUGUCAGCCCCAAGAUGUGGGAGGCUCUCACCAACUUGAGACAGUUAGCAGAGCUUCAGAAUCGCCAGUCCAUCAGCCAUGGUCCUCGCUUCCCUCUCCAACAGCCGAUUCCACAAGGUGGCCUGGUCCAGCUUCGAAUGCCACCAAUGGAGGUCGUAGUCUCUCUUCUUAAACGCAUCAGAGCAUCUCCACCAGGUCUCUUCACAUUUGUCUGCUAUUUUGUGGGCAUCAGUGACUUUUCCAACCUUUGCCGUAUGGUCUACUUUCCCACCGACGACUUUUCCGACUCGGCCUUUAUCAUCGUCAACGCUGGUCUCUAUUACUUGUUCUUGGAGCAACACACGUUGACCGAUAAUGAGGUCAUCAAGGAAGAGUUUGUCUCGUACCUUCAUAUAUGUCGAGUCAACCUCGAGACGGCCCUGGCAAACGUUUCGCUAUUCAUGUCUGCCAAGGUCGAAACGGUUCAAGCUCUUUUGUUAGGUACCCUAUAUGCCAUAGAUGUAUGCAGGCCGUCUGUGGCCUGGCAUCUGAAUAGUGCUGCUGCCCAACUGUGUCUAACAGCCGGUUUCCAUCGAAAGGAACACUCAGCCCGCGACCCAGAGGGAUCCAGUGUCAAGGGCAUUUUAUUCUGGUACAUUUACACAACGGACAAGGCCUUGGCUAUACGGCUAGGUCGCGCCCCUGUAAUCCAGGACUGGGACAUUGAUAUCCCACGUACCUUCAACUUCGAGGGCAUACUGAGUCUGGAGACCAAGGCGAUUGCCACUAUGUGGCUUAAAGCCGCAACACUCCAGGGUCGAGUAUAUGAGCAAUUGUUUUGCCCGGCAGCGUUGACACAACCACAGGCGGUCAUUGUCGAAAGAGCCCGGUUGUUGGCAACCGAGUGUCGUCAAGUGGUGGCGGAAGCGACUGAAAGCCGAGACUUAGCCAUCGCCUCACUAGAAAAGAUAGGAGCGUCACCUCUUGUGGAUGUCCACGUCAAGGGCGACGAGGUACAGCUGCUCUCAACCAUGACGCUCAUAUAUCGAGCUAUUCCCGCCCCAGAGGGCUCUAUCAGCCGGUUUUGCGACGAAUGUGUUGAAAGUGCACGACGGGCAGUACACACGCACCUGGCGUGUAUGGAAAUGGUGCGAAAGGAUCCAAAUGCCAAGACCAUUUAUGUCCAUUGGAACUUGGUGUUGACUCCUUUUGCCCCCUUCUUCGUCCUCUUCUGCUAUGUCAUCGAGUCACUAUCAACAGAGGAUCUUGACUUGAUAAACAAGUUCGCCGCAUCCAUUGCGGAGGCUGUCGACUCGUCCGAGACUAUGACGAAGCUAUUCCGACUCUGCCAUGUCAUGAGCAACGUGGCAGCGCUAUAUGUCGAGGCCAAGUCGCAGCAGCAAGAAGACCAGGCAAUGGUACCCAUCGGAGAUGAGUUCGAGGUGUACUUGAGCCAACUCGGUUUCAUGCCCACGGGGGCAGGGGAUCAACAGGCCAUGAAUGCCACGAACGAUCCCAACGCAGUGUUCCCUGAGGGCUCGCAGGUUGCGCAAAUGGCGGACUGGAUGUCGGGAAGUCGGAAUCUGCUUGGGCUAUUGGAAGAGGAUAUAAACCAGAUAGGCGGACCUCAAUGGCCCGGGCAAUUGUGA